UCAUUAAAAAAAAAAAACUGAAAACUCACUGCUUUCACUUUCACUUUCACUCUCUGCUUCUCUCUCUCAACAAAAAGGCUUCGCAUACAAACGCACACACAGAGAUAGAGAGUGAGCUUCUUCCCAUUGUCUGUUUCUCUGUUUCCUUUCACCCUUUUCUUCUCUUCUUUUCUUCUCUUCUUUUCUCUUCUCUUUCCUUCCAUGUCUCUCCCUCUCAACCUUUUCUUUUCUUGCUUCUAAAUCUCCCCGUUAACUCUAAUCUAGGCAUCACUUCCAGUUUUCAUCAAUAUUUUCUUUGAGAGUUUUUACAGGUGGAAAGGUGCAUAGAUUUUGCUGUAUGAGGAGAAUGGAAUUUGGCUUGCACUGAUACGUUGCAGGAACUAAAAAAUUCUAAACCUUUUUUUUGUUUGAACUAGAAAAGAAAAUAGUGAACUGCCUUCACAAUGAACGGGAAUAGUCAAAUGGAGGUGCAUUACAUAAACACUGGUUUUCCUUACACUGUCACUGAAAGCUUCAUGGACUUCUUUGAGGGACUAACACAUGUGCCUGUGCAUUAUGCUUACACUGAACCAGUGCUUGAUCAGGUUCAGGAGAAUGCAUAUUGGACGAUGAACAUGAAUGCAUAUAAAUAUGGAUUUUCUGGUCCAGGGAGCACCUCUUAUUACAGUCCGUAUGAGGUAAAUGAUAAUUUACCAAGAAUGGAUAUGGGCAGGGGAGCUUGGGAAUACCCUUCAGCAGUGAACAUGGAAGAGCCCACAACUGCAGAUACGCAGUCUGAAGGAGAUGCAGUUGUCAAUGUGCAUACCCCACCAGAAGAAUGCAUCCCAAAUAGUACAAGCAGCGAUAGUCCUCAGGGUGUUUGGCAAGAUGAUAUUGAUCCAGAUAACAUGACUUAUGAGGAAUUACUUGACUUAGGUGAGACAGUAGGAACACAAAGUAGAGGUCUGUCACAAGAACUUAUUAGUUUGCUUCCAACCUCAAAAUGCAAGUUUGGAAGUUUCUUCUUGAGAAAAAAAUCUGGGGAGAGAUGCGUAAUUUGCCAGAUGAGGUACAAAAGAGGGGACAAGCAAAUGAAACUGCCAUGCAAGCAUGUGUACCAUUCUGAUUGCAUCACCAAGUGGCUUGGUAUCAACAAGGUAUGUCCAGUUUGCAACAACGAGGUUUUUGGCGAGGGAUCAAAGAAUUAAAAGAUCAAAACAGAAGAAAAUCACUAAUCUUUGCACCUUUUUCUUCCCCCUUUUUUCUAGUUCUUCUGGUGGUUUAGUUCCUUUUGAUUUUUGUACACGUAGAGUAAGUCAAGGACUAAGGUGAUUUCCUCAUUCUCCGUAGAAGUUUAUGUUUAGCAGAGAAAAACUUAUAAUCUGAGCUUCUAUAGCAAGAGAAUAUGAAUUUUCAGGUAGCAAUUAUGUUGAAAUCACUGGAUUUUGUGUAUAUCUGUGAUGUUUGCUUCCUGUAUCAAUGUUUAAUCUGAUGAUCCAUUUUAGCUCCACAAA